GUGUGGGCCGCAGUUGACCGCUACAUUUUCUCAUGCCUCGAGCACUUCCGUGGCUUGGUCAUCCCGGGCUUCGCGCGGAUAACCUGGCAGGUGGAGCAUCGGUUCCGGCGGGACAGCACGGAGCUGUACUUCGAGCUGCUGGAGCCCUUCUGCAGGACCUUCCACGUAGCCAACAGCAGGCGCUAUGCUGCGCCGCUCGAGGCCGACUUGGCAGCGUGUGAGGACUUCAACUACAGCAAGGCAGCCCUGCGGUUUUCGCGGAAGCUGAAGAAGGACCAUGUGGUAGCAGGACUUCGGGUGCUUGUCAUUCGAAUGGGAGAGGCCAUGGCCCAGGGAAGGCAAAUGUCCCUGGACUUCACCAUAGGGAAGCUCCUGGCGCGAGAGCGCGAAGCCCGCUUUGUGCCG